AUGUACGAUUCAAAGUUUGCUUCUGAACAUGGCCAAAAAUGGAGAAAUGAGAGGCUUGACACAUCUCUGCUCAACAGAGACAGAGGCAAAUGUGAACAUCUCAUGUCUAAACUGGAGACGUUUAUGAUUCAGCUGGAGGGGGGCGACAAACUGAGAGCAAUGAAAAAACUUGAAGUCCCAGCAAUGGACAAAACACUGAAAGUCGGGGUGUGGAUAAUGUUUCGGACAGGCUUUUUUUGCGGCCUCAUCCUGGCGCUCCUUGCCAUUUUAACCUCCAGAGUGCUCAAUGAAACAGACCUGGAGCUUCUGAAGCCUCAGCUAAAGCUUUACAAGGGAAGUUUCCUGCUGAUUGAGUUUUUGUUCCUGAUCGGACUGAACCUGUACUGCUUUAAUACUUCAGCAAUAAACCACAAGCUCAUCUUUGGACUGGAUCCCAGAGACCACCUCUCGUGCUACCAUCUUUUUGAGAUGGCUGGGGUUCUGACUGUGUGCUGGUGCGCUAGUGUACUGGCUAGUCUUCAUCCUCCUGUGCUGUCAAUCCCACAGCAGCUCCACCCACUACUUUUUCACAGCUUGCUCCUGUUUCUGCUACUAAACCCCUUCUCCAUAUUUCAUGCUCAGGCUCGUCGCUGGCUCAUGGUCACAAUGGUAAGACAUGACUAA